UGCUCUCGCGGGAUUCUGCUUGCAGGUUGCGCCCAGCGGCCUCGGCCUGGGUGGGCGGGCGGGCGAACGCGGAGGGGUCCGAGCCUACCUUCGGAGCUGCGGCGGGGAGAGGCGUGGCCUCCCCUCUGGGCGGGCGGCCGCCUCCGCGCGCCAAAAUCAAAUCGGAGACCCGCCGGCGGGAGAGCCUGUGACGAUCCGGAGUCCAGCCUGCAGGGCGGCGGAGGCGCGAGCACCUGUGUCCACUUCCCAGCCACCUGCCUGACGCGCUCGGCCGCCCCCUAUCGAGGCAUGGCCACCCCACCCAAGAGGAGCUGCCCCUCUCCCGCGACCAGCUCGGAGGGAACCCGCAUCAAGAAAAUUUCCAUCGAAGGGAACAUCGCAGUCGGACUUUUAAAAAGCAAGGCAAGCAGAUGCUUUAGCAGCAUUCCAAGGAAUAGAAAAAAAGCUGGACAUACCCUCAAACAGGACAUUUGUUUCAUUGCUCUCGUAUUAAGGCACCAGUAGAAAAGAUCCAUAUACAGUUGGACCCUUGAACAACAUGCAUUUGAACUGUGCAGCUGCAGGGAAGUCUACAUUUGUGAAUAUCCUUAAACAAGUCUGCCAGGAUUGUGAAGUGGUUCCUGAACCUAUUGCCAGAUGGUGCAAUGUUCAAAGUACUCAAGAUGAAUUUCAGGAACUGACCACAUCUCAGAAAAGUGGUGGGAAUGUUCUUCAGAUGAUGUAUGAGAAACCUGAGCGAUGGUCUUUUACCUUCCAGGCAUAUGCCUGCCUCAGUCGCAUACGAGCUCAGCUUGCCUCUCUCAACGGCAAGAUCAAAGAUGCGGAGAAACCUGUAUUAUUUUUUGAACGAUCUGUGUAUAGUGACAGGUAUAUUUUUGCAUCUAAUUUGUAUGAAUCUGAAUGUAUGAAUGAAACAGAGUGGACAAUUUAUCAGGACUGGCAUGACUGGAUGAAUAACCAAUUUGGCCAAAGCCUUGAACUGGAUGGAAUCAUUUAUCUUCGAGCUAGUCCAGAGAAAUGCUUGAGUAGAAUAUAUUUACGGGGAAGAAAUGAAGAACAAGGCAUUCCUCUUGAAUAUUUAGAGAAGCUUCACUACAAGCAUGAUAGCUGGCUCCUGCACAGAACACUGAAAACCAACUUUGAUUAUCUACAAGAAGUGCCUAUCUUAAUAUUGGAUGUUAAUGAAGACUUUAAAGACAAACACGACAGUCUGGUUGAAAAGGUCAAAGAAUUUUUGAGCACUUUGUGAUCUUGCUGAAGACUUCAGGGAGAAAAAUGAUUCCAGACACUUCAGCUUUGUGUAUCUUUGUAGCUUUGUAUUUAUACAAGUCUCUUUAGAAAACCCAAGUGUUUAACCAUUUUUGUUCCAAGAAAAAAUGAUUUUUUAUGAGUCCUAUAUGAAAGUUUAUGACCAGCUUCUUCCCUCCCUCCUUCCCUCCCUCCCUCUCUCCCUUCCUUCCUUCUUCCUUCCUUCCUUCCUUUAUAUAAAAACCAGACAUUUAAUUAUCUCUCAUGGCAAGAAGUCUGGAGGUAGAUGGUUCCAGAAUCACUAUAGUGGCUAAAGGUCCUAUAUCACUAAGGACCCACGCUUCUCUGUCUUUCCCCUGUUAUCCUCCUCAGCAGGUUGGCUUUUUUCCUGGUGCUUCUCAUCUCAUUGUUGACUAGUUUCUUAACUGGAUUUCUUAACUGGAAACUUUGUUUCAUAGAAAAUGGUAAUGUGUCUGGUGUAAAUUAGCACAAAAAGUUGAAAAGUGGAAUUUAAGGAAAAAGAAUUGUUUUAUUUUAAGUACUUUGAUCCAUUGCCUUCCCUUCUAUCUCAAUUUAUGUGGAAGAUAAGAUCAGAUGUAAUAUUUAAUCCAUUGAUAUUUAUUAGUGUGUCUAUAAUAUAUUCAUAGAGGAGCAAGUUAGACUAUGAUCCCAGUUUGUAAUGGCAUACAUCUGUACUAUGGGUGAGACUUCAUCUUUUUGCAUGGGGUUUUGGAUGAUUAAAGAGGAAAUGUUUCUUAAAAUAUAACUCAUAAGCGCCCUACCUGGUUUGGCUCAGUGGAUAGAGCGGCCUGCAGACUGAAGGAUCCCAGGUUUGAUUCAGGUCAAGGGCACAUGCCCAGGUUACAGGCUUGAUCCCAAAUAGGGGGCAAGUAGGAGGCAGCCGAUCAAUGAUUUUCUCUCAUCAUUGAUGUUUUAAUCUCUCUCUCCCUAUCCCUUUCCCUCUCCCUCUGCCUCUGCCUCUCUGAAAUAAAUAAAAAUAUAUUUUAAAAAUAAUAAUAACUUAUAAGUGAAGGCCCGGUGAGGUGGCUAAGUUGAUUGGAUGAUAUCCUAUGCCAGUUCAAUUCCUGGUUCGGGCACAUGCCUGGUUUGAGGGUUCAGUCCCCAGUUGGGGCAUGUGCAGAAGGAAACCAAUUGAUGUUUCUCUCCUUUCCUCUCUCUAAGCAUGUCUUCGGGUAAGGAUUUAAAAAAAAAAAAAUUAAAAACAAUUACUGAAGGUUAUUACAUGAGUAAAUGAUUUUCAGACCAUUCUUUUACAAUGGAAUAUUACUAUUAUAGUUAAAAGAUUGGUUUAAACUAUGAUUAUCUUUAAAUAAUUUGAGGUGGGAGUAUAGAUUUCUCUACGUUUCUUCUCUUUUUUCAAAAAAAAUUUUUUUAAAUUGAUUUUAGGGAGAGAGGAAGGGAGAAGGAGAGAGAGAAACAUGGAUAUGUGAGAGAGAAACAUCAAUCGCUGCCUCCUGCAUGACCCCUACUGGGGAUCAAGCUAGCAACCUGGGCAUGUGCCCUGACCAGGAAUUGAACUAGAGACCUUUCCAUACAUGGGACGAUGCUCAACUAACUGAGCCACACCAGCCAGAGCUCUUCUCAUUUUAUAAGUAAAACAUUAGUGGAACAUAGUGAGAGAUACAUUUUUCCAUUUUAUUUUUUAUUGACUGCACUGGGAAUGAGCAGUCUUUUAUUACUUUUAUAUAGUUUGUAAGAAGUCAAAAGAAAGCCCUGACCAGUUUGGCUCAGUGGAUAGAGCGUUGGCCUGCGGACUGAAGGGUCCUGGAUUCGAUUCCAGUCAAGGGCAUGUACCUUGGUUGCGGGCACAUCCCCAGUAGGGGGUGUGUAGGAGGCAGCUGAUCGAUGUUUCUCUCUCAUCGAUGUUUCUAACUCUCUAUCUCUCUCCCUUCUUCUCUGUAAAAAAAUCAAAUAUAUUAAAAAAUAAAAAGAAGUCAAAAGAAAAACUGAAGACAAGGUUGAUAAUCUUAGGAGUGUCAUCUACUUAGUCCCCCCUAUUAUUUCCUGCCUCAUCCUGGUUUUGCUCCUGUCAGAAUUAAGUAGGCAGCCUGCUAUUGUAAACACACUUUCUGCUUUGAGAACAUUAUGAUUAUUCUUCACUUCAUGGUUGGCUUUGCUUCUCUGUCCCCCCUCUCCCUUUUUAAAGGAAAUUACUGAAAAUAAAUGAUCUUGCUUUGCUUUAUAUGUUACAUAUCUUGUAAGCAUUAUCAUUUUUUGACUAUAUAUUGGAAAAUAUAUUAAUGAAGAAAAAGGAUGAAAUAAGUGUAAUUUAAAAAAAUCUGCUUGGAUUCAUUUUUAUUCUGUAUAUAAUUAAAGAUUUUUUUAAGUUUGGUUAAA